AUGUUGUCAGCAUUCACCGCUCAGCCGAUUGUCGAGCUGAAACCACGAGACAAGUCCAAGAUCGAGUCCAUUCUCUUACACAGUGACCAACUCCUGGUUGGUCUCAACACAGGCGCACUUCGCAUCUAUCGCAUCAAAAGUCCCUCCACGAGGACCAACGAGGCUGACGAAAGCUCCGAAAAUCAUGAUGCGCCCGCCGACGAAGCGACGUCUUCGAAACCCUCUGAAUUGCUUCGGGAAUACGAAAAGUUCUCCAAGCACAAGAUAGAACAGCUUGCCGUUUUCCGUGAAGCGAAUAUCCUGAUAUCGCUGAGCAAUGGGUUGGUGUCAAUCCAUGAUCUUGGAACAUACCAAUUGCUUGAGCAAUUGACCAAAACAAGAGGAGCGACCACUUUCGCAGUGACCAGCAACAUAGAAAAGGAUCUCACAACCAGUGUCCCGACAUUGGUCAGUAGGUUGGCUGUUGCCGUCAAGAGAAGGCUGCUAUUAUGGUCCUGGCAUGAUGGAGAGCUCGACGGCGAUCCCGCAGAGAUCCCAAUGUCCAGCAGCAUUAAGUCGUUAACGUGGGCGAGCGGAACCAAGAUUCUCGCAGGUCUCAGUGCCAACUAUAUCCUUGUGAACAUUGAAUCUGAAGAGGUGAAGACUAUUGUUGGCCCAGGCAGUAUAGGCGGUGCUCCUGGUCAGGAGAGUAGCAGGCUGGGCGGGACAAUGAGCUACAUCGGGAUGGGGUCGAUGGUACCGAUGCCGCUCGCCACGGGACUUGGAGAUGAUGAGAUGCUGUUGGCGAAGGACAUCAAUACACAUUUUAUUGACCGAAAUGGAGAACCUAUCGGCCGGAGACAAAUACCGUGGCGAACACCGCCUACAGCAGUGGGAUACUCAUACCCGUACCUUCUCGCUCUCCAAGAUGCCAGCAAAGGGGUUCUGGAAGUUCGCAAUCCUAAAACCCUCACACUCCUCCAAUCAAUCGACCUCCCCGGUGCCGUGUUGUUGCAAGUCCCGAACCCCAGUAUCAGUUUAGCCCAUCAAGGAAAGGGGUUUUUCGUGUCUAGUGAGCGGACAGUUUGGAGAAUGCAGGGUCUGAACUAUGACGCCCAGAUCGACUCCCUAGUUGAGAGCGGCUCCCUCGACGAAGCAAUCAGCCUCCUAGACAUGAUCGAAGAAACCUUGAUCAAGAACAAGAAUGGGCGCCUACGAGAGAUCAAAAUGCAAAAGGCUCAGAAGCUGUUCGACGAAAAGAGAUUCCGAGAAGCAUUGGACCUGUUUGGAGAAGUAUCCGCGCCACCAGAGCGUGUCAUCAUGCUAUAUCCUGAAGUUAUAGCUGGGAGGCUAGCAAAAUCUGAGAGCGACAGCACAGAUACAAAGCCUCCCAGUACCGAAGAUAAUCACCAGAAACCCGGCUCAACCGAAGAUUCUCCUCCUGAGGCAAAGACAUCUACCUCUGGCCUGGAAGACACCAGUGCCAAUAGUCCUGAGCCUGUUGUUAACAUCGACAGCCAAAGCCUCCCUGAGAAGGACCUCAAAACAGCCGUUCGUGAGCUGCAGGCUUUCCUCGCAGACGUCCGUCGCAGACUACAGCGCUUUUUCAACCCAGACCAGUCUGUACGCACUUUAUCUGAAGUUCAGAGUAGCUCCCAGUCGGAAGACAUUCGACAAGUGACCGAAUACCUCCUGGGACUUCCCACACUGGACGACGUCGACCUGGGAGAUAAGAUCCUGGCGCUGGCAAAAUUUGUGGACACUACCCUUUUCAGAGCACAUAUGUAUGCCACACCCUCACUUGCUGGUUCACUAUUCCGGAUCCCCAACUUUUGCGAUCCAGAGGUCGUGAUGGCCAGAUUGGAAGAAACCGAGCGCUACAAUGACCUGAUUGAGUUUCUGUACGGUAAACGACUACAUCGACAGGCAUUGGAGCGACUACGAAAGUUCGGACAGGCCGAGAAGACAGAGGAUAUUGACCCUGAACUACACGGCCCUCAGAGGACUGUGUUAUACCUACAGAACCUGGGACCAGAACUGAUCGACAUGAUCCUUGAGUUCGCCCGAUGGCCUUUGGAGACCGACCCAGAAUUGGCCAUGGAGAUUUUCAUCGGUGAUACAGAAAAUGCAGAGUCGCUUCCACGCCGGAGAGUCCUGAAUUUCCUAGAAUCCAUCGACAAAGACUUAGCCCAGAGGUAUCUGGAGCAUGUCAUUGACGAAUGGAAUGACCUUACGCCAGAUUUACAUCAGCAUCUUUUGGCUCUAUACCUUGAGCGGCUCAAAGACCCCGCUCGCGAGAACCCUGAGGAGGUCCUCGACAAGUUCCUGACAUUGUUGAGGACGUCUGACCAAUAUUCUCCCGCGAAGAUUCUGGACUUGCUGCCUCGAGACGACCCUCUAUUUUACGAAGCCAGGGCCGUGGUCUUCAGUAAGAUGGGCAACCACAAGCAGGCGCUGGAAAUCUAUGUCUUCAAGCUACAUGAUCCAGCCAAGGCUGAGGAUUAUUGCAAUCAGGUCCAUCUUGAAGAGACCUUGAGGAACAACAGCAAGGCUCCUUCGCGGCGCAAAUCAACGAGCGAUCCCGUCGAUGAACGUCCCUCGAUCUAUCAUAUCCUCCUGAAUCUUUAUUUGAACCCCCCAAAAGGAGAAAAGGCCCUGUGGGAUCCGGCAAUCGGAUUGAUGGCCCGCCAUGGGCCCAGGCUACCGGCAAGCUCCACGUUAGAACUAAUCCCCGAGGGGUUGACGGUUCGAGACCUCGAAUUUUAUUUUCGGGGACGUAUCCGCAAUGCAAAUAGCACCAUGAAUGACUCCAUGGUAACAGCAGCACUGAGGAAAGUGGAAGCUGUGCGUGUGCAGGCCGCUCUCUUGCUCGGUGACGGCGCUCCAACUGGAGGUAGGGGGAGGAAGGUUCGGAUCGACGAAGACCGGGUCUGUGGUGUUUGCUACAAGCGUCUCGGCGGCAGCGUCAUCAGUGUUUUCCCCGACAACUCGGUUGUCCAUCUUGGUUGUGCGGUUCGCAAGCAGAAUGAGCUUGCGGGCAAGAGCUGA